UCUCGAUUCGAGUUCAGUUUAAUUCUGAAAGGCAGUCGGUUCGUUUCGUUAAAUGCAAGCGAUUGUUAUUGAUUUAAACAAAAAUAGAAAAUAAUUUUAUUUUUUAAAAAAAUAUCUACAAUAAGAAAAAUUAGAUAGAAUAAAAAUCUUCUAUCUAUUUUAGGACGGGAAAAACUUUUUAACUCAAUUUUAUUUUGGAAAACCUUUCUCGAUUUUCCAUUCUCGUUCUUACAAAAUCAUCAUAAAGGGAACAUUAUUUUUCUCUUCUUUGUAUUUUUCUUAUUUUUCUAUAAGUUUUCAUCAAUAAGAGAACGAUCUGUGGGAUUAAUAAAUAAAAGAAGAAUUAAAAUAUAAAUCCCCGCUGGAAUUUUUCGUUGUUUCUCGCCGUUUUCCCUUUUGUAUUCUGAUUUUUCCUCAAAAGUGCAAUUGCGAUCAGAUCAGUCAAGAGUUUUAAUUUAAUUUUAUUAAUUUACAUCAAUUCACUGCGACAUCAACGACGACGGACGGUGGAAAAGAAAAGCGCUGACAAAUAUUUUCAUUUUCCGUGCAAAAUCACAAUCACACAAUAUAAAAGUGCUGAAGCUAAAGAAAUACACAACAAAUUAAGUGGAAUUAAAUUAUUUCUGUAACAAAGUGCAAUACACAACAAAAAUCAAAUUAAAAAUAAAAUAAAGAAAGAAAAAAAGAAGAAAAUUGAAGUGGCAUCCCUUUUGAUACGAAAAAAGUACCUGUUUUGAGUUGCAGUUAUUUUAUUUUCUAUAAUCAAAUAAAAAUUAAAUUAUAAAAGUUUAAGGAAGUUUUUACUACUACUCGUAUAAAUUAUAAAUUAUCAUUGCUAUAACUGUAUAUUUAUUCAUUAUUUUUUGAUUUGAAAAAAAGAGGAGAAGAAAAAUAAAAAUAAUAAAACGGCAAAAUGAGUGUCUGCGAAAAUAAUAACACACAACAACAAAACACACAGAGCAUAGCCGACUAUCUGGCUCAAUUACUUAAGGACAGGAAACAAUUGGCAGCUUUUCCGAACGUUUUCAAUCACGUGGAACGUUUGCUGGAUGAAGAGAUUGCCAGAGUACGUGCUUCCUUAUUUCAAAUAAAUGGCGUCAAAAAAGAACCACUCACAUUACCAGAUCCAGAAGGAACGCCUAUCACAUUAAAUGAAAAAGUCUAUGUGCCAGUAAGAGAACAUCCAGAUUUCAACUUUGUUGGAAGAAUCUUGGGUCCCCGCGGUAUGACAGCUAAACAAUUAGAACAAGAGACUGGUUGUAAAAUUAUGGUCAGAGGCAAAGGUUCUAUGAGAGACAAAAAGAAGGAAGACGCUAAUAGAGGCAAACCAAAUUGGGAACAUCUUUCAGAUGAUUUACAUGUUCUCAUCACCGUUGAAGAUACUGAAAACAGAGCAACACUAAAAUUAGCACAAGCUGUUGCUGAAGUUCAAAAAUUGCUUGUGCCGCAAGCUGAAGGCGAAGAUGAGCUUAAAAAACGUCAACUCAUGGAGUUAGCUAUUAUAAAUGGCACAUAUAGAGAUACAACUGCGAAAUCGGUCGCUGCAGUUGAAGAAGAAUGGCGUCGGGUAGUUGCUGCAUCUGCCGAAAACCGUUUGCUUCCAACCGCCAUUCCCGGUCUAGCGCAACAAAUGCGUGCUCCAACAGCAACCCCACUGGGUGCCCCACUUAUCCGAAUGACAGUGCCGACAUCAGCGGCCAGUCUUUUACCUGGACAAGCACAGCCCGGACUUGAGCAUGCCGCCGCCCAUGGUAUGAUUUUCGCCCCCUUUGGUGAUUACAACUACGCGGCGGCGUUAGGCAAUCCUUUGCUUACGGAAUACGCAGACCAUAGCGUUGGUCGAUAUUUGCAUGCCGGCUCCGUCUUUUGAAUAUUAAAUAUUUUUUUUUAAUUAUUUAUAAAUAUAGUUAGAUGUUAAAAUAUACUCAUAUCUUUUUCUAGGAUAUAACGAACAUUAUCUGAAAUGAAUUAUUAAAGUGUUUUUUUAGUUUAAAGUUUAAUCAGAUAGUGUAUAAAAAAUUAAAAGAAUUUUAUACAUAAAAAAGAAGAGAAGAUUUUAUUGUUAGUUUUUUUUUAAAUCUUCAUAAAUUUGCAAGCAUUCAAAAUAUUAAAAACAAAAAAAAAAUAUUGUACAAAGCUUGUACAUGUUAAGUUUCCUUGUUUUUUGUUUUAUACCAAUUGACACAUAUUUUCAUAGUUAGAAUCAUAAUUAUUAUAAUCAUAAACUUUAUAAAGUUUAAACAUAAAAAUAUUUAAAAUACUCAUUUGGAAGAGUAUUGAAUUUAAAAAUAAAAAUGACAAAAUGAGUUAAACGUCAAAAAGAAGCUUAUUUUAAACAAGAAGAAAAAUUGACUUAAACAGCAAUUUUGAAUUCAUUGUAUUUACUGUAAAUAUUUAGUAUUCUUUUAUUUUUCUAUGAUAAAAAAUUAAUUUAUAAAUAAUUUUUGCCCAUAAACAUUAUAAGUGAUUUUUUAUCCAGUGGUGGAUUAUUAUUAUUAUUAUUAUUUUCAUAAUAUUUAUUUUUAUAAAUAUUUUCAUGACAUGAGUAUAUUCUAGUUUAUUAUUUUCUUUGCUUUAAAUAAUUAAGUUUUAAUAUUUCUUAAUAUUUAAAUAUUUGUUUAAGUAUUAUUUUGUUGUUUGGUGUUGGGCUUUUAUUAGUUAACUUUUAUAUUAGAUUUUGUGUACCUUUAUUUACGAGGAGCUAUUUAGUAGGAUUUAGUUUUUAUUUUAUUUUCAUUUUAUUUAUGAUUAAUUUAUUAAAUAUUUUAUUUUACGCUUUAGAAAAAAAAACAGUAAUAAACUAACCUGUUACACUUUUUUGUAAUAUAUAACUUUAGUAAAGCCUGAAAACCAAAUUCAUUUCAUAAAUUUAUAGAAACAGACCAUUUAUAAUACACAUUAACAGGGUGUUUUUUGAUUUAUGUUGAUGCUUUUAAGGUCAAAAUUACAAUAGAUAAGUAAAAUUAUCUAAAACAAAAAAUAUACAAAGAUCCCGUUUUACAUUUCAGAACUCUUUAGCCAUCAAAUUCAUCAAUAUCUGAUCUUAUCUGUUAAAUUAAGUAAACUGCUUUAUUUUUGAAAAUAAAUUAUAUCGAAACUUGGCAUUACUUUUAAACUAGUGUUACCCUUCUUGAAUAUUAAUUAAGGAAUUUACAAUUGUCUUGUAGAUGUUUGAUGUGACGAAUUUAAAGCGCAACACAAUUAUUUUUUUGACAGUUCGAGCCAUGCUCUGAACUAAAAAAGAAAAACGCCAAUGAUUUACUUAAAUUAAACAACCAAACAUAACUUACUUCAGACCGAAAGAAAACUGUCAAAAUGUAUUGCCAAUUUUUAAUUUAUUCUUUUUUUUAAAGUACACUUUUUACAUGAGAAAACAUCACAGAACAAGAUAAAUAUACGAUUUGGCAUUUGACUUAAAGCACACUUUUUAAAAACAUGGCAAAUUUAGAAUAAAACAAAAAUACACGGUUUGACAUUUGUCAGUUUCAACAUAAUAGAGAAUCCAUUUAAAAUGGAAAAAAAUACAAAUCAAAAACUCUUAACACUCCAAAUCCAUCAAUUUCAGAUCCUAGAUACACCUACAUAUGUUUAUUUCAAAUAUCAGUUAAAUUAAGUAAACUGCGCUUUCUUUGAAAAUAAAUUAAACCGAAACUUGGCAUCACUUUUUAACUAGUGUUACCUUUCUCGAAUUUCAAUCAAGGAAUUUACAAACGUCUUCUAGAUAUUUUUCGAUUUACUUAAAUUAAACUACCAAAUACAACUAACUUCAGACCGAAAGAAAACUGUCAAAAUGUAUUACACAGAAAACAGUAUUGCCAGUUUUUAAUUUCUUCUUUGUUUUAAAGUACACUUUUUACAUGAGAAAACAUCACAGAAAAAGAUAAAUAUGCGGUUUUGAAUUUGACUUAAAGCAUACUUUUUAAGAACAUCACAAAUUUAGAAUAAAAUAAAAAUACAUUUGAUAUUUGUUAGUUUCAAAAUAAUAAAGAAUCCAUUUAAAAUGAAAAAAAUACAAAUCAAAAACUAUUAAUACUUCAAUUCCAUCAAUAUCUGAUCCUAGAUCCAUCUACAUAUUUAUAUUUCAAAUAUCUGUUAAAUUAAGUAAUGCGCUUUCUUUGAAAAUAAAUUAGAUCGAAACUUGGCAUCACUUUUUAACUAGUGUUACCUUUCUCGAACUCCAUUCGAGGAAUUUAAAAACGUCUUCCAGAUGUUUUAUGAUUUACUUAAAUUAAACUACCAAACACAACUAACUUCACACCUUAAAUGAAACGUCAAAAUGCAUUACACAGAAAACAGUAUUGCCAGUUUUUAAUUCCUUCUUUGUUUUAAAGUACACUUUUUAUAUGAGAAACAUCACAGAAAAAGAUAAAUAUGCGAUUUUGAAUUUGACUUAAAGCAUACUUUAGAAUAAAGCAAAAAGUACAGUUUGACAUUUUUUAAGUUUCAACAAAGUAAAAAAUCAAAAUGUUUGAGGACAUUUUUAAUUUAGAAUUUCUUCAACAACUUAAGAGAUGAUUUGCUUUGAUACAAGAUGAAGUGAAGAAAUACUCCAAAAUUUCAAAAUAAAAAGAGAUUAUUAAUUAAAAUUGUAUUUGUAUUUUUUUUUUUAAUCGCAGAACUAAAACAAGUUAAACAUAAAUAAAAAUCACCCUAAAACAUAACACAGUGCCAUCCGCUUAAUAUAGCAUUAUAUACUUACCAAACAAUAAUACCAGUCUUAGUUAAUUUAAUUUACUUUAAAAUAUAAACAAAAGUAUAAAAACAAUAACAACAAAUUUUUGUAUUGGCUUUUAUAUUAUUGUUAUUAUUAUGAUAUUAUUAUUAUAGUUUUUUUUGUUUUGUUUUAUUUAAACACUUUUCUUUCUUGCUCAGCAGGAUUUCGGGUUGAAUCAAAAUGGUGCUUAGUAUAUCAUAAUUAUUAAAUUUUAUUAUUAUAAUUAUUAUUUAGUUUAAUUGUUAAUUUUAAAUCAAACAGAAAAAUAUAUAUAUAUAUUUAAAAAAAAAUGCAAGCUCACCGAAUUCCGUCCAAUACAUGUUUUUUUUUAGUUGCUAGUCAAAUAAAGUUUUUUUUUUAUUUAAUUUUUAUUUUCCUUUUAGUUAACUUUUUUUAUAAAAUUACAAAACAAAAAUAUAAACAAAAAACCUGCAUGAUGUUGAAUUUUUUUCCAAGCCUCUCACUUUUUUUAUCCUUUUAAUUCCUUCGUUAAGUAUGUAUUUUUAAAUCCUGGUAUGAAAUCACUUAUAAAUUAAAUUAAAAAUACAAAAAUAAUAUUCAUUCCAAAGAAUAAAAUAAUUAAAUAAAAAUAAAAACGAACAGAUAAACAGGCAAACACAAUUAAUAGACAAAGAGAAAUAAAUUCUUUUGGUUUUUAAUUCAUUUUCAUAAAUAUUAGAAUAUUUUUUUUAUUUUUUAUUCAUACAAAUUUAUUUUUAAUUUAAACUUCAAACAAUAAAAACUUAUACAAAAAUGUAUUUUUCAAAGUAGGAGCACUAAAACAACACAGACGUUUUUCUAACAGAGAACAUCCGUAUCAGAGGGCUGGGGUCUCUCAUAAACCACCAAAUUUUAUUGAAAUUCAGUAAAACAAAAAUUAAACAAACAAAUUUUAAAUUUAAAUUUAUAAAGUAAAAAACAAAAUAUUUUUACAUUUUUACUCACGAACGAACAAAUCUUA